AUGUCUGCCUUAACAAGAAAUUCAUCUAAUCCACCACCAUACUUCUAUGAUUUAAAUCCACAACAACAAAAGAAUUGGAUGAAAACUACUCGUCGAAUGGAAAAAAACGAAGAACUACGGGCAGAAUAUCCGCCUUUUCAAUCACCAUCAAAUUUUACAAUUAUUCAUCUUCACCAUUAUUCAUCAAUCGAAACAGUAGAAGAAUUAAUAAUGAUGGCAAAAACAACACAUAUAUAUACAAUCGACACAGAAUCACAAGUAAUAAACAAGGUAGCACAAGGUGCUCUUGUACAAAUUCAAUUUAUUCAUUCAAUUCACGAAUCAACAUUAAUAUUAAUUGAAAUGUUUUACUUACCAAAUCAAAAUUCAUUGUUAUUCAAGAAAAUUAAAGAACUUUGUGCAAUUAUAUUUCGUGAAGAAAAUAAAAAAAUUACCUGGGGACCAUUCGACAAUGAAUUUAAAAAUUUUCAUUCAUAUGAAUUAUUUGAAAAAGGUAAGAUUAAAAAUACAAUAAAUUUACAGGAUCAUUUUAGUGAUUGGUACAACAAACCUCCAAGUAACACGCAUCCUGUAAAGGAAAGUCGUGAGGAGCAAACCACCUGGUCCUUACAAGAUGCAGUUAGAAUAGCUUUUCAACAAUUCCUGGACAAGAACGAAACAGUUAACAAAUGGUGUUGUGGAUUAGACUUUAAACUCAAUACAUGGAAGAAAAAAUUAUUUAGUAAAAAUCAUUACAAUGCAAAUGAAGAACAAGAAAAACGUACGUUAAUGAUAAAAUAUGCUGUUGCCGAUUGCACCGCCGUCACAAAACUUUAUUUUAUGAUAUAUCCAUCGGACUCAAGCAUUCAAACAAGUUAUGAAACACCAACACCAACAACAGCAUCAACAAAUAUUAUAUUAAAUAUUGAUGAUUUAUCCGAUAUUAGUGAAGAAGAACCUGAAAUAUUAAUGCCAAGAUUUGAAGAAGAACCUAAAAUAUUAAUGCCACAAUUUCAUAAAGAACCUCGAAUAUUAAUGCCAUACUUUAAUAAACCACCCCAAAUAUUAAUACAAAAAUUCGACGAACAAAAUUAUUUAGCAAUUGAAACAACUGAAGAAGAAAUGAACGAAUUUAAUGUUCAGGAACAACAACAAGAAACAAGAACAAAAACAAAAUUAUCAAAAUCCGAAAAACAAAGAAAGAAAAAUAUGAAACUUAAAUGGAAACAAAAACAUCAUCCAGAAUUUCAACGCCGAAUCAAACGCCCGAUCUAUUAUAACAUUUAUAAUUACACAUUAUCAAAAUUUUAUACUGAAUUAUUAGAACAAAUUUUAAAUGUAACACCAACAAUACCAUUACUUAUGAUGAAUAUUAUUGGUGAACAACAACAUAUAACAAUGUCAGUUGAACAAAACAAACAAUAA